GACAAACCUAAUAAUGUAUUGCAAGACCGUAUCUUUACUUCAACCCAAAUACAUUCUCAAUUAAAAAUUUCACCGAUACUUCCUCUCACGCAUCUCUUUCUAUAUUUCAUUUUAUAGUUGACUUUUUAAGCCUUGACAUCCCCAAAUAAAACUUUCUUCUAAAUCAAUUUCAAUGGCUGGCCAAACCAUUCUUCUGUUUUUGUUUCCUUCAAUUACAUUUCACAUUGUUAUCAUCAUUUACAGAGAUCAUGAGCAACACCACAAAUGACUCAUCUGGAUUCUUAGCUUCAAACGAUAUAGGAGGGUUUGGUUAUGGCAUCGGGGUUUCAGUCGGAAUUCUUCUACUCAUCACAACAAUCACUUUAGCUUCCUAUUUUUGCACCAGGGCUCAGCAACAAGGGGGGCAGCAGCAGCCGCCGCCGCAGCAGGGGCAGGAUCAUGACCCUCCAAAUUUAGUCAUCGAUGUAGGCCUCGAUGAGGCCACCAUCAAGAGUUACCCGAAGUUGCUUUAUUCCGAAGCCAAGCUUCAGAAAAAUGACUCCACCGCCAUGUGUUGCUCUAUAUGUUUAGCAGAUUACAAAAACUCCGAUAUGCUUAGGCUUCUGCCGGACUGCAACCAUCUAUUUCAUGUCAAAUGCGUCGAUCCAUGGCUGAGAUUGCACCCAAGUUGCCCCGUCUGUCGAACGUCUCCACUGCCAACGCCGCAAUCCACGCCUCUAGCUGAAGUUGCUCCGUUGGCAGCAAGCAGGCGAAAUUAGUUGAUAAUUAUUUCAUCUGAGUAAACAGAUCGUUGUAACUUGGAAAUUUUUUCGUUUUUCCUUUUCAUGUAGAAUUAAUGAUAUUUAGCAGGAAAUUGAUCAUGGCCUCUUAUGCAAAA